CCGGUUUUCCAGGUCCAUCACUUCCUGCCGUCCGGGUGGAGGUGAAGGUGGGAUCAUCUCUGAGGCUCUGUCCUUGUCGCUGAGCUCAGGGCAGCAGGAGCAGGAGGGUCCCCACUGUCGGGAACCGGGAGAGAAGCGGCAGGGACUAACGUAAAGUCAGCAGAAAUGAAGACAGGACUUUGGUUUUGGAAUGCAAGAAGACAUCUAUUCAGCUGGCGAAACUGCACUUCUCUGCAAAAAGUCUCAGGACUCCCAGAAGGAACUCAGGCGUGGAAAACUUGCAAAAUAAAAAUCCAAAGAUUAACAUCGAGCAAUAGCCAUAAUUAUUCAAGGAGAGAUUCUCUAGUUUGGCAAACCUAUGUUCAACACAAAGGGGAAUUGAUAUCAUGCACCAGAUAUUAUUCAGUCUUCAGAACUAUUGUACACAGUGCAGGACAUGCAUCAAAACCAGGACCAGCAAUCCAAGUAAGCCUGGUCAUCAGCAGAACCUUUUCUUACUACAGCAGAUAUAUGCCUGCUUGUGUUUUAUCAAAGAAGCUUUCCAUUCUUGAAGAGGCUUCUGACCUUUCUAGAGAUUUUCACACAUCUUCUCGGGACUUAGCCUUACCAAUCCCUCUGCUCUGGAUUCUACUAAAGCCAGUGAAGAAGCUGACAGCGAUGCUUCUCGGCAGGAGUAUACGGAAAUGGUGGCAGGCUCUUCCUCCUGAAAAACAGGAGCUACUUAAAGACUAUGUGAAAAGGAACAAGUGGAGAAUUCUGUUCGGCAUAUGUAGUCUGUCAUGUUUGAUUGCAAUAUAUUUUUGGACCCACUUAGACAAGAAUCCUAUCACAGGACGCACUCGUCUACUGAUGUUCAGCAAACGACAAUUUCUGCAACUCGCUGAAUUUGAGUACCAAUCGGUGCUGGAGAGCUACAAGGAUAAAAUUCUACCUGUGACUGACCCAAUGUAUAAAACCACUCAGUUUAUUUUAAACCAGUUGGUUGAAAAAAACAAAGAUAUCCCGGGAGUUUCUGAAACUACAUGGAGUAUUAAUGUUGUUGAAGAUCCAGAGAUAAAUGCCUUUGUCAUGCCAAAUGGGCAGGUAUUUGUUUUGACUGGGCUGUUCAAAGCUGUGGCAGAUACUGAUCAACUUGCAUGUAUUCUGGGUCAUGAGAUGGCUCAUUGUCUCCUUGCUCAUGGGGCGGAACAUGCAAGUAUAAUUCAGCUCCUAGAUUUUGUGUGCCUUGUUUUCUUGACACUCAUUUGGGCUACGUUCCCACGGGAUAGCCUUGCUGCUCUGGGACAGUGGAUCCAAAAGAAACUGAUUGAGUACAUGUUUGACAGACCGUACAGCCGGAAACUAGAGAUUGAGGCUGAUGAGGUUGGAUUACGACUUGCUGCUAAGGCAUGCAUCGAUGUGAGAGCAAGCAGUGUAUAUUGGCAACAAUUGGAAUUGAUGAAGAUUGUUUCUGGAACAUUUCAAAUUCCUGAAUGGUUUUCCACUCACCCAUCAAAUGAUCAUCGAGUUGAACACCUGGAAAAGCUCAUGCCUGAGGCUAUAAAAUUACGAGAAGCCUGUAGUUGUCCUGCCUUACCAUCUGUGGAUCCGAGGUUGGUCUUCAAGCUCAGCAUGCAGGAGAUAUUGAAAGUUUCAAAGAAGAGGGAAGAAGCAAUUUGCUCAGAUUCUGAAACUAAACAUCUUUCUCAGUGUUUUGAGCCUAGUCCAGCCAUGAUUGAGAGGAUACCUAUAGUCGUUCCAGUACAAGCACUCCAAAGUACACAAAACACUCAUAAGUAAAUGUAUUUCAUUUUUAUCCACUUCUAUGACAUGAAAAUCAGCAUUUGUGUUUUUUUAAACUCCUAAGAGAAGUAGAAAUGUUCUAUGCCUAUUGUGGUCCCAAAGCAAAUAUUCAAUCAUGUCCUGAAUUUUGAGGAUUUCUGUACUUAUCCUCCUAAUUAUUUCAUAAUUGGGUUUAGUUCUUUUUUGAUCUUGAGUGCAGACAAACACAGUGGGAAAUCAUUGUUGCUUAGAAAGACAUCAUUGUAUGGGACAUUUUUGGCGACAGAAUAUCAGCUUUGGUGUUGCAACUCACUCAGAAAUAGUAAGAACUGCCGAUGCUGGAAUCUGACAUAACAUAGUGUGAAGCUAGAGGAACACAGCAGGCUAGGCAGCAUCAGAGGAGCAGGAAAGCUAACGUUUCGGGUCGGGAUCCUUCUUCAGAAAAAAGGCCUUCUUCUGAAGAAGGGUCCCGACCCGAAAUGUCAGCUUUCCUGCUCCUCUGAUGCUGCCGGGCCUGCUGUUCCUCCAGCUCCACACUGUGUAAACUUUGAUGUUGCAUUUUGCUCCAAGGAAUUCAAUGGAGCAGAAAUGUACAUUGGCUCCAAAGUUAUUCUGUCUGGUGAUGCCUUCUUUUUAAGUAAGCAGACUGGGUCUAAGUAAUAACUAUGUAAAAUAUAAAGUAAAUGCUGUGGUGAUAAUGUUACUGGACUAAUACUCUAGGGGCCUGCACUAAUGCUCCGGACUCUGUUUCAAAUCCUAGAAUAGCAGCUGGGGGAAGUUAAAUUCUGGAAUAAUGUACUGGCUUCGUCAGUAGUAAAGUUGCCCUAAUCCCAGAGGACAAGAUAGUUGCUCUCUCAUUAGAGAGGGGGAACUAGUGAGUUUAACCUGGGCCAUCGUACCUCAGGUGAGGGGAGAGGUUGAGAAAGAGGGAUCUUCAUGGUGACCUCAGCUGGUAUAGGAAGCAAACUCGCAUUGCUGGUAUCACUGUGCACCACAAACCAGCUGUCCAGCCAACUGAGCUAAGAGUUUCAUUAAUAAUAAUAGAUAAACUGUCAGAUUGUCUUAAAAAUCCACCUGGUUCACUAUUGACUUUUAGAGGAGGAAAUCUGCCUUCGAUACAUUGGUCCGGCCUUUUUGCGACUUCAGACAACAGCUUUGUGGUUGACCCUUAAAGGAGGUGUGAGGUGGCUUAUUUGGCCACUGGGUGGUGGGUGGCUCACUACCACCCCCUUGUGGGAAAUUAGAGAUGGUCAAAAGAUGCUGGUGUUACCAGUGACAUUUUUAUCCCAAGAAAAAUAAGAAGAAAAUCCAAAAUGUAGUUGUGCAGGAGGAGGAAAUUCAAACUGAAGAAGAAAAAUAAAUAAAACUGCACUUUUUAACUAAUUGUAUAACAAUUAAGAUUACCUAAUGACCUGGUGGACUAAUGGUAAUGUCACAUUUACAGUUAUUCUUAACAGCAUAUCCAAGUGCAUAUGAGAAAAAGUCAAAUUUCUAACCUGCAAAACUGUUAAUUUUUUUCAUUUUUUAAAAACUUUGUGAUGAAUUUUUUCUACUUUUUAUUCUGCUUUCGUGCUACUGCAAAAAUGAAGAUCUUUCUGUGAAUGGAGCUGUUGUGUCUGCUUUUCUGCAACUUUCAGAACAUGUGCAAAUCUCUCACCUUUAUCGUUGGUUUUAAUAUAGGAUUAAAAACAGGAGCAACGUUCCUGCACGGAUUGCACUUUCAUUAGCCUGCACCAAUUUCAUAUAAAAUGGCUUUUCUAUUCAUUGGUUGCUUAUUAACUCGAAUUAAGUUGUGGAAUUUUGGUAUAUUUAAAGGAAAGGAAAUAUAUAUUUUUUGAGAACUAUCA